UCUUGCAGGCAACGUCACAGUGUUUACCCGGAAAUGCGAGCCAGCUUUCACAACUGCUGCCAAAAUAUAUAAUUUACCGAUAUUUGACCGUUUUUAGUUGAGUAAAAUGAUAAAUUAUGUUAUAAUCUGACUGCAAACUAACUCAGGAUGUACAGCGGACUUCUGCCCAAAGGUUUAACCGAAGACGACCUCAGUCCAGAUGACGAGGAGGAUGAUGUUGAAGGGAAGAAGACGGAGAAGAGUGAGAGCUCUGCCGGUGAAAACAUCAGCUCAGUGGUGGAGGCACAGUCAGCUCACACUGCCAGUGAUGCAGACAGUGGUUCCCCGACAUGCAGCAUGCCUGGUAUAUCCCAGGAAAUGUGGCAAAAAUUCCAGGAUCUACGGAAGAAAAACGAAGAAAUGAAGUCAGUGAAGGUCCCCAGAAAAAGAAAGAGAAGACGACACAAGAAAGGAACAGAAAUUGAGGAACCUACAGAGACAAGCAGAGAGAGUCAGGAGCAACAGGAGAAACACUGGGAUGAGCUUAAGAAGUAUUUUGGUGUAAAUGAUCGAUUUGAUUCCCCUGCGUGUUCCAAACCUCCUCCAAAGUCCGGCCUAGAAAAGAGCAUAGAGAGGGCCGUAGCUGAAGGGGACAUUGCAAAGGCGGAGGAGAUGAGCGACAGACUCGCCACUCGAGAGCUGGCUGUGAAAAUCGCUCAAGCCGCUGAUUGCCGUGACUUUGUGCAACGCAAACAGGAAGAGGAAGCUUUGAGAGCAGCGCAGAAAAGGAAGAAGGAAAUAGUCUGGGGGUUUGAGGCGAAAAAACGAUGGGAAACUAAAAGCAACAUGGGCUUCAUGUGACAAACACGGAGGAGAAAGAGAAAGACUGCGAGUUAGUUUAAUAAAAGUGCUGGUUUUUGUUUUGUUUUAGUUUUUUUAACAGCGGACUGAUCCUGUUUCUUCUUCUUCUCUUUGUAUAUUUUGAAGACUUCACACCAGCAGAGUGUGAGGGGUGGUGGAGGUGGAGGUGGAGGGGGGGGAGUCACACAGUUGGCUGAGGAAAAACCAAUCCAGAGAGUACAAGAGAGAGAAGAAAUUAUGGAGCAUUCAAAUUAAUUCCUAAGGCGCCCAUUGGUGUCUGCAUUGUGUUAUUUUUCAUUACAUUUCAGUGAUUUGAGCGUUCUGGCCUUUUUCUCCCCCCCUUCAAAUUAAAUCUGGUGUACAUUACUGGAUGAUGCGUUUAUUUAUUGCUGUAAAGUGGGUUAAUCAUGAAGGCGCUCCUUUCUUCUUCUGAGGAAGAGAAAGGGAAGAUUAGGGCCCUAAUGCAAUGUACAGGAUAAUGUGCGAUAGGAUUUGGGAGUAGAAAAUGAAAUUUGGCUGCUGUAAACUGUUGUGAGCGGUCGUAAACUGGAAGUUGAGUGAACGGGUGCAUGGAGAGGAGGCAGACAUGAAACAGAGGCUUUGCUGUUGGCCCUCGCCCAUGCUGGGAGACAUGCUAUUGUUUCUCUGCCCGAACAAGAGGCACGCGCUGUUUUUCUCGAAGCCUACACUCGCUGCUCAUUGUGCGAGGAGCUCUCUUCAGCAUCUGUAAACUCCCGUCUUAAAACCGUCCGACUUCCUCAUCCUCGUCCUCGUCGUCACUUUGAUCUUUUUUUUUUCUUGAUCUGUAGUGUUUGCCUCCGCAGCUACUCAACACUUCUGAAAAUGCUCAUUCAGAUUCCAGGAAGUGUUAAUUGCAAACAGCAUUCCUCAAAAAAAAAGAAGAAGAAGAAGAAGCACAAAAAUGAUAAUUACUUUUAUUCAUAAUGCUUGCUUAUAUUUUUUUUUUCAAUCACAGAAAAUGAUUGCUUUGCUUCAAGGUAAUGAGAAUUAAAAUUAAUCCACCUAAGUUGUUUGCAUUGCACAUAUUUGGGCACUUUGUCCCCCUGGUGAGGAGCAGCUACGUUCUCAUAGCUCUGCUGUGUAGGCUGCAAAAAUUAACAAAACAUCAGCAAUAAAAGUUUGUAGGCAAUUAUGAUCCAAAACACCUGAGCUGAAGAGACCUAGAUAUGAGGCCGGUGUGAACAGAGAGAGGAGAAAAAUCAAGCUUUUUAUAUCGUCGUGCAUUAAAGUGAAUCACAUGACUGGUGUGUGUUGCAGCUGUCAGUUGGUGAGAAUUGGUGCUAAUUAAACUAUUAAUUAUCUCUGUAAUGAGACACCAGUUAAAACUGUGUUAAGCACAUCAAAGUACGACAUGGGAUUUCUUCACUUUGAUGACUGCUAUGAGAAAUAUAUCUUGACUUGAGUGAGGAGACAUCAGAGAUGCUUCAUUAACGGGAGAAAAGGAAGCAGGAUUUUUCAGGGUCUUUUCAAAGUUUUUGGAAAAACUCCUCGAGAGCGGCGUGAAGGUUUAACGGUUCUGUUUUGUUUACAGAGAAUCGCAGGAUGCAGGUGUGAUUCAGGAAAGUUCCUCGAUUGCAUUUAUCCUCUCAGCGGAGCAGCCAGGAAUCAAAAGCCCCCAAAAAAGCCUCAUCUGUGAGGAUGAGUUUUCCGUAUGUAGAGGCCAUGUAGCCAUUUUUUAAAGCUAGCAGUUGUCAGUGAACAUGACCAGCGCUGAUCCGAGACCAGCGCGGCGCCGUAUCAAUAGCAUCUCACUUAAUUAAUCUCUUUGAACACAGGGUAAUGCCUUGAGCAGAGAUGAUUCUGCUUUCAAACUGGAAAAUCCACUUUCCCCUCUCGUCGUGUUGAGGAGCUGUUUUCAAUAGUCUGUAACUGGAGGCCAAUCUUAGCCCCUGACCUAGGCCGGUUUGUUGUGAAACGCGGAGACAAAUUCCUUGGGCACAUGUCGAACCACUUCCAGGAAAAGUGUUUGUUGUGUGGAGCAGCAGCAACAACAAUCCCAUUAAAUGGUUGGAGAGCUGCUAUUGUAUGAAAGGGAACAUAUGUUGCUGGUAACAAGACAUCAGCGCUAUCACUCGCUGCUAUCACCAGCUAGGAGAGGAUUAACUCAGAGGAGAGAUCUCCCAGAUGCAGCUGAUAAAGGCCAGCGAUGCUCAAAACACCUCACACCUAACGCCGAGCGUAGCUCAGAGAAACGUGGCUUUGUUUAUGCAUAGUUCAAGUUCUCUGAAAGCAUCACAGCUGCAGUGUUGUUUUGUCAUGUAACUACAUGUUACACUUUUCCUUUUUUAUAAUCCCACUAAAAAGAGCUGCACUCAUUGGAUUUUCAGUCAGUUAAAACUAUUAAAUGCUUAAAAAAACACAACAAUAUUAAACAAAGAAUAUCAAAAAAAUAGAAAACACGACAUUUUAGAACUCAUUCUUACCUGAUUGUGUAUAAAUAACACAGGUUUACACUUUGAAAAUACGUGAAGUCUGUACAGCAAAGUCAAAGUUUUCUAUGACGACCAACAACCAGGAUCCUUUGAGCUUUUGUCAGUGGAUGUGUUUGGCUGAUUUCUUUAUCUGUGAUGUGAAAUCUCAGAAAAAUCAACCUCCGUCUGUUGCUUUUUCACCACAUUAUAUUCAUGUUUCGUGCUCAAAAAAAUAUAUCAACAUGCAAAUUAAUCGUACGGAAAAACACCCCCAGUGUGUAAAAAUCUUUAAGUGCAUGAGGCUUUUACAGAACAGUGGUUCAGUUUAGGCUCUGAAACCACUUGCUUAGAUUUAAGGAAAUAUUGUAAUUUGUGUUAUAACAAUAAAAUGAACUAAAACGCCUGACGUGACAGUCAAAAUGUCUGCACCUUCUCCUAAAAUCAGGAAAAAUCACCUCAUACAAUGCGCAGGAAGUCACACAGAGGAUGUGUGACUUGCAUUUCGAAGGUGUAAAGUUGUGUAAUUUGUGCACAAACUGAAGAGAAUGAGCUGUUUAUAAUGUCUCUUUUGUUUCUAUUCUGUUUGUGUUUUGCACUGCAGGGCCUCCGUAGUGAAAACCCCAAAUGUUAGUUGUCAUAUGUUGCGAUAUCACGUAAAUUACGAGCACAUUCCUGCUCAUUCUGUGGUAUAUUUGUUCCCUCCAUACCUCCACAGCGACAGGCAGUGCAGGAUGUUGACAUAUUCCUCUGCUGAUUUAAUGACCUGUUUAAUUCUGGCACGUCUGCCACCCUCUCAGAUGUUUUGCAGUUUUAAUUAGUAUAAUCACCGCUCUCGAAAAAAGGCCACAGGGUUGUUUAAUGGGUCAUGUUUGUCAAGAUGCACAGAAUUAUAACACAAAAGACAUGCCAUUUACUCAGCGCUACAGUCUUCCAGUGAUUAUGGGUGUCGCAAUUGAUAAUUAGAGAAAGAAUUGAUUCAUCUGAAAGCCAAAAUGAACCUCCGCGGUGUGAGGAAAUUAGUUUGACAGUGUUUGGAUGAGCGGUGUUUACACUGCAGUGUGGCGGUGUGGGAACACUUCGCCACCCCUGUGUUAACUGAAGCAACGUGCGCACACUUACUCGCUGCCGGAGACUUUUGAUGUGACAUCUGGAGCAGCAACUGGAUAUUUUCAGUAAUGACAAAGCUUCAUAUGAAAUUAUGAAUAUACUGUUUCAUUCUGCGAGCUUUUGUCACAUGAUAAGUGGAGGUUAUGGUUCCAAUUUUCAGGCAGCAGAGUACAAAGUGCUUCACACAGUUUCCUCUAACUGUGGGAAUUAGGUCAAGCUAACAUUUACAAUUUGAUAAAGUCUGUUUAAAUGCACUUCCUCUGUAAUUAAAAACCACGCUGUAGUAUGUGGGUUACAUAUACACCCUCUUAAUUGUUUCUUAGUCAGAAAGUGCUUGGAAAGCAUCUAUUUUAUCAUUUAGCAUAACUUAUAGAACAAAAAAAUGAAAAUGAACUUUCAAUUAAUUUUCUUCUUUUGCUAUCGCGAAAUAAAAACAUUCCCAAGCUCGAAA